AUGGCAAAGUUGAUCCUUCUCACAGGCUUGGUCCUGCUGCUGAAUGCACAGAUAGGCUCUGCCUAUGUGCUUUCAUGCUAUUUCACCAACUGGGGCCAAUAUAGACCUAGCCCAGGGAAAUACUUCCCAAAGGACAUUGACCCAUGCCUGUGUACUCACCUGCUCUAUGCCUUUGCUGGAAUGACCAACAAUGAGAUUGCAACCAUCGAGUGGAAUGACGUGACCCUUUACAAAUCUUUCAAUGACCUGAAAAACCAGAACUCCGAGCUGAAGACUCUCCUGUCCAUCGGAGGCUGGAAUUUUGGAACAGCACCAUUCACAGCCAUGGUGGCCAGUUCUGCCAACCGCCAGACCUUCAUUAACUCCGUUAUCAGUUUCCUGCGCGAGUAUGAAUUUGAUGGGCUGGACAUUGACUGGGAAUACCCUGGCUCCAGAGGCAGCCCUUCUGUGGACAAGGAACUCUUCACCGUGCUGGUUAAGGAAUUGCUGGAAGCCUUCGAGCAAGAAGCCAAGAAAGUUAACAAACCAAGACUCCUGGUCACCGCUGCUGUUGCUGCAGGGCUUUCCAACAUCGAGGCUGGCUACCAGAUUGCUGAGCUGGGCCAGUACCUUGACUACUUCCAUGUGAUGACAUAUGACUUCCAUGGCUCUUGGGAAGGAUUCACUGGAGAGAACAGCCCUCUCUACCAAGGACCAGCUGACAAAGGCAGCUAUGUCUACUUCAAUGUGGACUAUGCUAUGAACUACUGGAAGAGCAAUGGUGCCCCCGCUGAGAAGCUCGUUGUUGGAUUCCCAACCUACGGACACACCUUCAUGCUGAGAGAUGCCUCCAACACCGCCGUUGGCGCCCCAAUAAAUGGACCUGGGCCUGCUGGACCAUACACAAGACAGUCUGGCUUCCUGGCUUACUAUGAGAUCUGCACCUUCCUGAAGAAUGGAGCCACCCAGGUUUGGUACACCCCUCAGGAUGUGCCCUAUGCUUACAAGGGUGAUGAGUGGUUGGGCUAUGACAACCAGAAGAGCUUUGAGAUCAAGAUUGAAUGGCUGAAGAAGAGCGGAUUUGGAGGUGCUGUGGUUUGGUCCCUUGACCUGGAUGACUUCACUGGCACUUUCUGCGGCGAGGGCAAAUACCCCUUGAUCACCACCCUGAAGACCGGUCUGGGACUGCAGAGCUCUACCUGCAAGCCCCCAGCUCAGCCCCUUCCUCCGGUCACCAAGCCUCCCAGUACUAGUGCCAGCGGUAGCGGCAGCGGCAGCGGCAGUGGCAGCUCUGGUGGAAACCCAGGCAGCGGCUCUGGAGGCAGUGGCUUCUGUGUCGGCAAAGCCAGUGGCCUCUACCCAGACCCCACCAACAAGAACAGCUUCUACAACUGCGUGAAUGGGGAAACCUUCCAAGAGAACUGCAGCGCUGGUCUCGUUUUUGAUACCAGCUGCUCCUGCUGCAACUGGGCAUGA